AUGGCUGACGCUAAGACAAUUGUUCUUGAAAAUGUGAACAUUGAAAAAAAAUACCAACAAGUUUGGGCGGAUGAAAAAUUAUUCGAACAAGAUGCUCCAUCAUUAGAACAAGAAAAUGUUGAAAUUGACAUUGAAGAAUUACAUGCUAAAUACCCUAAAUUCAUGAGUUCCAUGGCUUAUCCAUACAUGAACGGUGUUUUACACGCUGGUCAUUGUUUCACAUUAUCUAAAGUUGAAUUCAGUGUUGGUUUUGAACGUAUGAGAGGUAAAAGAGCUCUUUUCCCGCUAGGUUUCCAUUGUACAGGUAUGCCAAUUGCUGCUUGUGCUGAUAAAUUAGCUCGUGAAGCUGAACAAUUUGGUGAAGAUUACUUAGGUGCCCCACCAGCUGAUGAAGAUGAAGAACCAGCUGCACCAAAAGAACAAGCUAAAUCUGAAGAUUUAACUAAAUUUAAAGCUAAGAAAUCAAAAGCUGCUGCUAAACAAGGUCGUGGUAAAUUCCAAUUUGAAAUUAUGUUACAAUUAGGUAUCAAAAGAGAAGAUGUUAUCAAAUUUGCUGAUGCCAACUAUUGGUUAGAAUAUUUUCCACCUUUAUGUAAAAAAGAUUGUGACAGUUUUGGUGCUCGUAUCGAUUGGCGUCGUUCUAUGAUCACAACUGAUGUUAACCCAUACUAUGAUCAAUUCGUUAAAUGGCAAGUUACCAGAUUAAAGGAUAUCGGUAGAAUAAAGUUUGGUGAAAGAUACACUAUUUACUCUGAAAAAGAUGGUCAAGCUUGUAUGGAUCAUGAUAGACAAUCUGGUGAAGGUGUCACUCCACAAGAAUACACUGGUAUCAAAAUUGAAAUCACAGAAUUUGCUGACCCAACAGUUACUGAAAACUUGGACAAAUCUAAAAAAGUUUACUUAAUUGCUGCUACUUUAAGACCAGAAACUAUGUACGGUCAAACUUGUUGUUUUGUUUCACCAAAAAUUGAUUAUGGUAUUUAUGAUAAUGGUGAUGCUUAUUUCAUCACAACUGAACGUGCUUACAAAAACAUGAGUUUCCAAAAAUUAACUCCAAAACGUGCUGAUUACAAAGCUACAGCCAUUGUUAACGGUUUGAAAUUAAUUGGAUCUAAAAUUUCAGCUCCAUUAUCUGUUUACAAAGAAUUAAGAGUUUUACCUAUGGAAACUGUUCUGGCUACUAAAGGUACUGGUGUUGUUACUUGUGUUCCAUCAGAUUCUCCAGAUGAUUACAUUACCACCAGAGAUUUACAAAACAAACCAGAAUAUUAUGGUAUUGAAAAAGAAUGGGUUCAAGAACCAGUUGCAUUAAUUCAUACUGAAAAGUACGGUGAUAAAUGUGCUGAAUUCUUAUGUAACGAAUUGAAAAUUCAAUCACCAAAAGAUGCUGUUCAAUUAGCCAAAGCUAAAGAAGCUGCUUACAAAGAAGGUUACUACAAUGGUACUUUAUUAUACGGCCCAUACAAAGGUGAAAAAGUUGAAGUUGCUAAACCAAAAGUUAAAGCUGAUUUAAUUGCUGCAGGUGAAGCUUUCGCUUACAACGAACCAGAAGGUCAAGUUAUCUCACGUUCAGGUGAUCAAUGUAUUGUUUCAUUAGAAGAUCAAUGGUAUGUUGAUUAUGGUGAAGAAUCAUGGAAAGCUGAAGCUUUAGAAGCUUUACACAACAUGAACACUUUCACUACUGAAACCAGAAAUGCAUUUGAAGGUGUUUUAGAUUGGUUAAACAACUGGGCUGUUUCACGUUCAUACGGUUUAGGUACCAAAUUACCAUGGGAUGAAAAAUAUUUGGUUGAAUCAUUAUCAGAUUCUACAAUUUAUCAAUCAUUCUAUACUAUUGCUCAUUUAUUACAUAAAGAUUUCUAUGGUAGAGAAAUUGGUGAAUUAGGUAUCAAAGCUGAUCAAUUAACUAGUGAUGUAUUUGAUUACAUUUUCUUAAGAAAAGAUGAUAUCAAAACUGAUAUUCCAAUUGAACAUUUACAACGUUUAAGAAGAGAAUUUGAAUAUUUCUAUCCAUUAGAUGUUUCAAUUUCUGGUAAAGAUUUAAUUCCAAACCAUUUGACUUUCUUUAUCUAUACUCAUACUGCUAUUUUCCCAAAAAGAUUAUGGCCAAAGGGUAUCCGUGCUAACGGUCAUUUAAUGUUGAACAACAACAAGAUGUCUAAAUCAACUGGUAACUUUAUGACUUUAGAACAAAUUGUUGAAAAAUUCGGUGCUGAUGCUUCACGUAUUGCUUUAGCUGAUGCUGGUGAUAGUGUUGAAGAUGCCAACUUUGAAGAAUCAAGUGCUAAUGCUGCUAUUUUAAGAUUAACCACUUUGAAAGAAUGGUCAGAAGAAACCAUUAAGAACAUUGAUUCUUUCAGAACUGGUGAAUUCAACUUCUUUGAUAUUGCAUUUGAAAAUGAAUUGAAUGAUUUAAUUGAACAAACUUAUAAACAAUAUGAUGAAAGUAACUAUAAAGCUGCUUUGAAAUAUGGUUUAUUCGAUUUCCAAACUGCUCGUGAUUAUUAUCGUGAAACUUCAGAUGUUAUGCAUCGUGAUUUAGUUUCUCGUUAUAUUGAAACUCAAGCUUUAUUAUUAACUCCAAUUGCUCCACAUUUUGCUGAAUACAUUUAUCGUGAUGUUUUAGGUCAUAAGACUACAGUUCAAGAUGCUAAAUUCCCAAGAGCUAAUAAACCAGUUGAUUUAUCAAUUUCUGAAUCAUUAGAAUACAUUCGUUACUUGAACCGUUCAAUUCGUGAAACUGAAGGUGCUCUGUUAAAGAAAAAGAAAGGUAAACCAAGUGAACUUGAUGCUUCAAAACCAGUUAAAUUAACUAUUUUUGUUUCUGAAUCAUUCCCAGAAUGGCAAAACAAUUAUAUUGAAUUAGUUCGUGAACUGUUUGAAAGACAAUCAUUAAAUGAUAACAGUGUUAUCAAGGAAAAAGUUGGUAAAGAUAUGAAACGUGCCAUGCCUUUCAUUAGUAAUUUGAAACAACGUUUAACUAAAGAAUCUCCACAAGUUGUUUUCAACAGAGAAUUAAACUUUAGUGAAGUUGAAACUAUUAAAAAGGCUUAUGAUAAUAUCAAACGUGCUGCUUCUCUGGUUAAAACUGAACAAGUUCAAAUUAUUUCAUUCAAGAAUGGUGCUAAAGUUGGUAAAGAUAUUUUCACUGGUGAAGAAAUUCCAAUUUUAAUCACUGGUAAAAUCAUUGAUAGUGCUGUCCCAGGUCAACCAGGUCUGCUGAUGAAUAACAUUGAAUAA